UUCUGUUUAUCCACUCAUAUAAUUAAGUUCUGUACCAUACCACACCUUACCCUCUUCUCUCUCACUCUUCUUUCACUCUCUUUUCUCCAUUUCUCCAGAUUUCUGAUCUGUUUCUGACAGAUUUGAGCUCGUGUUCAAUUGGGUUGUCGAUUCAUGGAAGCUGUUGAGGGAAGAUCUUCUUCUGGAUAUGGCAAACCUCCAUGGGUAUUUAGUGGCAGUGCCUGGUAUCAACUCCAUCUUGUGAAAGCAGAGAAAGCUCGAGCAUACAUUCCCAGAGAAUUUAAACUGGUUGAAGCCUUUGGAUACACUCUUGGCGGUUUCUUUCUAGCAAGUUAUGAGGACAGUCCAGUUGGGGUCUUUGAUGAGCUUGUUGUGAUCGCAGGACUUGUAUGGAACCGCCCAACAUCCUGCGCGUAUGUUCCCACUUUUCACUAUAUCAUCUUUAUACAUAAAAAUUAAAUAUGUUUUUUAUUGCAAAAUUAAAAUUUGUUUUUAUGUGAGAUUUGAUAUAAUUGUUCUCCAAACUUUAAAAAUCAUCCUUUUUAACUUAAUUAUGUUAA